GAAGAAAUCGCCGGCGCCGGAGAGAGCAGACCGAUGGCUACCGUCGUUCAUCAUCAACUAUAUUAGAAACUGUUUUAAUUUUACUGCCGAUUUAGUGGAGCGGUGCUAUGUCUUCGGGAAUGACUGGACAAACGCCGUGCCUAACCAGCCGAUGGGAUCAGCCAGCCCAACCUAAACAGAGUGUAGAUGUCAGGCAGCAAAGGGGUAGUGAAAAUGCAGGCCACCCUGUCUCUUUAUCAGGAGUCGUCAGCUCUGCUGGUUCAAACAGCACAGCGUCCCAGCCACCGCAAACAGGAGAGAAGCCAGCGCCUCAGGGAGGAGUUGAAAUGGCUGCAGCUAUGGCUGCUAAAAUAAAUGCCAUGUUAAUGGCAAAAGGAAAGCUGUUGACUCCUCCACCGUUACUUGCAAAGACCCCUCCAAGUGUGCCUGUGCCAGCCGCUACAGAAGAGAUGGUGGUCACAGAGGUCGACAUCAAUGAUGUGCCGCUAAAUUGCAGGGACCUUCUUACUAAAGGAAAGACGCAGGAGGAGAUCAGACAGUUUAGUGGAGCAGUCGUCUCAACCAAAGGUCAUUUCAUGACUGAAGCUGAAAAGGGAAAAGGAGGACAAAGACCUUUGUAUUUGCAUGUCCAAGGAAAGAACCAAGAGCAGGUCAAUAAAGCUGUGAUGAGGAUAAAGGAGAUCAUCUCAGAGGACCUGUUGAGGGCCUCGGCAGCUUCAGGAGGACAGCAGAUGCCUGUAAUACCUCCGCUCACACUCUACCCUCAGCCUCCUCGCCCCGUCAUUCCCCCGGCUGUGCCACGGAUGCCCAAUACCAACUCAGUGCCAGGCCAGGGACAUCGGCCUGCGGCUCCUCAUUCAGGGAGUUUUGUGCACACAAAGAUUUUUGUGGGUCUGGACCAGGCCUUGCCCUCAUUCAAUGUGAAUGAAAAGGUCGAAGGUCCAGGAGGUUCCUACCUGAGCCACAUCCAGACAGAGACGGGGGCUCGAGUCUUUCUCAGGGGGAAAAGUUCUGGCUACAUUGAACAAGCGUCAAAACGGGAGUCUUUUGAGCCUCUUUAUGUCUACAUCAGCCACCCAAAUGCAGCUGGAUUGGAGGCGGCGAAGAAACUCACAGAGAGCCUGCUGGAAACUGUGAGAGCUGAACAUGCCCGCAUGGUUUCGAUGUACACAGCCACAGGCUCAACACAACCAUACGCAGCACAUGGAUUUCCACCUAAUAGCAAUUACUCUAGCCAGGGGUCCUGGUAUAACUACCCAGCAAAUGGGUAUGCUGGCGGCUAUUCAGCGUACCCAGGAGCCAGUGGUUAUUGGAGUAAUGCAAAUGGUCCCCCAAGUCAUUCUAACAUGUCGACAAACCCUCCAUCUUCUCAGGCAAUGGUUCAGUAUCCAGUGUGUCCUAGGAAACCGCAUCCCUAUCUCGUCCAGGAUCCUGGCAGCAGUGAGACAGCGGAGCCUGAAGGAUCUUUAAACGCCCCCGCUGACUCAGGAAGUCCCAAACGUCAUUUCCAGGAGGGGGCUAAGGAAGAACAGCCUCCCAGCAGCUCUCCAGAGGGUCCUGCUGAUCAGGAGUCUGAACUUCCUGCCCCCAGUGCUGGAGAGGAGAAAAUAGUAGAAAGGAUUCUGAUGCCUCCGCCACCGCCCCCCUUUGUGGCUCCCGCCCCUGUUACACGCAAACGGCCGAGAGACCCAGUGACAGAAGAUUCACCCAGUCUGCCCAUCAGUGCUGCAUCAAUGGGUGUUCAAGAAGACGUGUGCGAGAAGAAGUCUAAAGUGGACGAAGAUUCAUCGGGGCUAGUGCCCUACGGAGGAGAUUCCUCUGACGAAGAGGAGGAAAGGACACACAGCAGUAAGACCGAUAACUCAUAACCCCUGCCCUGCCUCGCCCCACCCCCACUGCCCAGGAUACCCACAGACCCAAAGUCAUUCAGUAUACUAACACAGUUCUCAACCCCCAUAAAAGGAAAAAUCCACCCUCACAUAUUAUCAGACACUGUUUUAGGAUCAUACAAGUGUUUUUACCCCCCCCCCCCUCCUUUUUUGUUUUUUUUAGAACAAAGAACGAAUUUGUGUACCAACAUCCGUUUAAAGACAGGUGACCAAGCUUCAUUCACUAUCGAGUAUUUGUAUAGGAGUAAUGUAAAGUGCAGAUGAUUGAGUAUAAAGUAGACUGUAGAUACAAAAAACACUGGUAUAAUCUUUGAAUUAUCACCAGUUUCUGAUGGUUGGUGCUUUCCUGGACUCGGUUUUUAUUUUCCCGUCCUGGUCUCGGUUUUGCUUUGCGCCGUUCUGUUUCAGUUGGUUUUGUCACGCACCUCCCAGGAUGUCUUUCUACAUCUCCUCACACGAUGGUUGUGAUCCUGUUGGUUUCAGUCAAAGGUGGCCAUAUUUAAACUUAUGUUCGCCUUUAAAGCAAAUGUAAAUAUAGAAUUAGCCUGCUGACUAGUCAUUGUGCAUAUGUUUGUAGCCGCGUUACUUAAAAUGCAACACAACUUGUGGCUACACGUCAUCAAGGAAUUUUGAGGUGAUGGUUUUAGAAAAUACAGGUCUUUUCUACAGUGUUUUUCUCCUUUGUGUUAUUGCUGUCUUGGCAGAAGCCUUUUUUUUAUUCUGACUAUAAAACGUGCACUUAUCAGUCUGUUAAAUGGAAGAUAAAAUUUCUGUUGCAAAAUAUGUACCCCCUAAAAAAAAUGGCCACUUUUAACAGUGUGGAAGUAUUUGGGGUGGAUUUUUCCUUUUAAGAUGUGAAUACAAUUGUAUAAUAACUAUAAAUGGAUUUUCUUUCUUAAAACAAUUUUAUUUCAUUUUUCAAAGCAUCUUUUGUUCAUCAGAAACAAGCCCCUUAUUCCGUUUUUUAAUUUAUACACUAGGUCUGCUGCAGUUGCUGAUGGUAUAAAUACAUAUUGUAAAAUUCAGUGAAACUUUUUCUUAUCUUGGAAAAUGGUGUAUGCCUGUUCCCAUGGAAUACAAUAAUAAAAACAACUGAAAGCCC